GCCAGGAGUCCCGCAGCUCCUCCGGGAGCCCGCUGGUAACUCGCGUCCCUAGCGCUCCUCCGGCGCCUGAGGGGGCCGCCUCGGGCCAUGGUGCUCUCCCAGGAGGAGCCGGACUCCGCGCGGGGCACAAGCGAGGCGCAGCCGCUCGGCCCCGCGCCCACGGGGGUCGCUCCGCCGCCCGGCCCGGGACCCUCGGACAGCCCCGAGGCUGCUGUCGAGAAGGUGGAGGUGGAGCUGGCGGGGCCGGCGGACGCGGAGCCCCAUGAGCCUCCUGAGCCCCCCGAGGGCGGCUGGGGCUGGCUGGUGAUGCUGGCGGCCAUGUGGUGCAACGGGUCGGUGUUCGGCAUCCAGAACGCUUGCGGGGUGCUCUUCGUGUCCAUGCUGAAAACCUUCGGCUCCAAAGACGAUGACAAGAUGGUCUUUAAGACAGCAUGGGUAGGUUCUCUCUCCAUGGGGAUGAUUUUCUUUUGCUGCCCAAUAGUCAGCAUCUUCACAGACCUAUUUGGUUGUCGGAAAACAGCUGUCAUGGGUGCUGCUGUUGGAUUUGUUGGGCUCAUGUCCAGUUCUUUUGUAAGUUCCAUCGAGCCUCUGUACCUUACCUAUGGAAUCAUAUUUGCCUGCGGCUGCUCCUUUGCAUACCAGCCUUCAUUGGUCAUUCUGGGACACUAUUUCAAGAAGCGCCUUGGACUGGUGAAUGGCAUUGUCACUGCUGGCAGCAGUGUCUUCACAAUCCUGCUGCCUUUGCUCUUAAGGGUUCUGAUUGACAGCGUGGGCCUCUUUCACACACUGAGGGUGCUCUGCAUCUUCAUGUUUGUUCUCUUUCUGGCUGGCUUUACUUACCGUCCUCUUGCUACCAGUACCAAAGAUAAAGAGAGUGGAGGUAGCGGAUCCUCCCUCUUUUCCAGGAGAAAGUUCAGUCCUCCAAAAAAAAUUUUCAAUUUUGCCAUCUUCAAGGUGACAGCUUAUGCAGUGUGGGCAGUUGGAAUACCACUUGCACUUUUUGGAUACUUUGUGCCUUAUGUUCACUUGAUGAAACAUGUAAAUGAAAGAUUUCAAGAUGAAAAAAAUAAAGAGGUUGUUCUCAUGUGCAUUGGCAUCACUUCAGGAGUUGGACGACUGCUCUUUGGCCGGAUUGCAGAUUAUGUGCCUGGUGUGAAGAAGGUUUAUCUACAGGUACUCUCCUUUUUCUUCAUUGGUCUGAUGUCCAUGAUGAUUCCUCUGUGUAGCAUCUUUGGGGCCCUCAUUGCUGUGUGUCUCAUCAUGGGUCUCUUCGAUGGAUGCUUCAUUUCCAUUAUGGCUCCCAUAGCCUUUGAGUUGGUUGGUGCCCAGGAUGUCUCCCAAGCAAUUGGAUUUCUGCUCGGAUUUAUGUCUAUACCCAUGACUGUUGGCCCACCCAUUGCAGGGUUACUUCGUGACAAGCUGGGCUCCUAUGACGUGGCAUUCUACCUCGCUGGAGUCCCUCCCCUUAUUGGAGGUGCUGUGCUUUGUUUUAUCCCAUGGAUCCAUAGUAAGAAGCAAAGAGAGAUCAGUAAAACCACUGGAAAAGAAAAGAUGGAGAAAAUGUUGGAAAACCAGAACUCUCUGCUGUCAAGUUCAUCUGGAGUGUUCAAGAAAGAAUCUGACUCUAUUAUUUAAUAUCUUACAUACCUCCACCAGACUGGACUUGCUUUUUGAAUUUUAAGCAAGUUUCCUUUCCUUUUAUACGAAUUGCAAAUUUCAUAUUUUUUUAAUCACAUCCUAGGAAUAGCACAAUAAUUGGGAAAUAGAACCCUUAUCACUAUAAGAACCAUUUUCUGCCACUGAAUAUCUCUGAUGUUUCCGUGAGUCUGAGGGCAGAGACCCCAGUAUAUGAAAACAUGUCUGAAAGUCACAUAUUGUGAAAAUUUGAAGCUAUCUCAGUAAAAAGCAACUUUGGAAACUGUGAAUGAUCUUUAGCUUGUACAAACAUUUAAAAAUACCUCAAGCUAUACUGAAAGGGUUGCAGUUUGGUUAGGAGUGGAAGUAUUUUGUUUGUUAAUGAUGUCUUCAGUUCUGGUACCUCUGUUUUACUUUCUUAUGCUCUGUGGAAACUUUUUGCAAAAUUUAAGCCUGGGUUCUAGGUAAUACCAGAUGUACCGAAACCUCCAGUCUGUGUUAAAGUUGCUCUCCUGCUGUUCAAUAAGCUAUGAUAUUAAGAUAUUCUGACUUGCUCCGGUGUCAAGGGACCUUCGGGGAGCAGGUGCUAACAAUGUGUUCAGAAUCAAUACGUGAAAUGAAAAGGAUCCUCUCCAGGAGGAUCCUGAGCUGUUCAGAAAUCAUUUAAGUUUACAGCAUUGUUCCCUUUGCGUUUGCAGUGUGUUUUACUCAAGUAGCCAGAAACACCCCACGUUUCUGAAUUGUUUAAAUUGUAACAAUAAAGUAAAAUAGAAUGCAUGAAAGAUAUUCUGGCAAUUGUAACUUAGAAAUCUUCUGACUUCCAGAUUUGUUAGCACUAGAACCUGAUAUUUAAACAAAGUCUUACUUAGCAGUUAUCAAGUGGCAGUUACAGGCAGAAAUUGGUGGAGGCCGGAGGAUGGGGAGGGGGGCAGAACCCUUUAUAUUUGUGAAGAAAAUAUCUGUAGCUGAUAGAAAUAAUUGCUUAAAUUGGUUUAUGAAAUUAAUGAGUCUGAAAAGGUUAAAAGUACUUAUAAAAAGAACCAAGUCCUACAUUUCCAGAACUUUCUGGCAAAAAUUUUCACUCAUAUUAUUUAUCCUAGUGUGUUCCCUAAGAACAUUCCCAUUAUAUUUUUGCUAUUUAUAUACAGAUUAUCAUAAGAAAGCUUUCAGUUUGAG